GAACGACGGUGCAUAUCUCCGCCUCAUAUUUCAUCAGCUUGACUCGUCACCGGUCAUCCAUCAUAUCACGCGCUCUCUAGCCAAGUUCCUCGAUGCCUUAAAAGCUUUGCCUGGCAGUACGUCUAGUUCCUCAAGCCGUCGCUCUGGUCAAUCCUUCUCGACAUAUUGAGAUGGUCAAAGCUGUCCUCGCUUUUGCUGCCCUUACUGGGCUAGCCCCUCUGACAUCUGCCUCUAGCGCUUCGGACUAUUGGCGUCGACAGCCUCAGCGUAGGGAUGUCUCACCCACCGCCACUUUCGCUCCUGUCCCGUCGACAUCUCCUACGGUCUCACCCAUUGUGCCCAAUCCUUCACCAAACUAUGUCGACAGUUUCGUGAAGCCUUGCGGAGAAGCAUUUUCCCUGAAUGGCCAACCGUUCUAUUUCGCUGGCGCAAAUGCGUACUGGCUCAUGAACCAGACGAACGACUGGGUGGAUGCUGCUUUUGGUAACUUAUCAGCUCAAGGGAUUGGCGUUGUCCGAACUUGGUUCUUCAACAAUGGCUACUACAAUACUGUCAAUGGCACUGAACAGGCAUUCAAUGACAGUCCAGAAGGCAUUGGUCACCUCGACUACGUCGUUAAAAGAGCCAGGGAUUAUGGUAUCAGGUUGAUAGCCACUCUGGCGAACAACUGGCCCGAUUUUGGCGGCACCCAUUACUAUCUUCAACAAACUGGAUAUCAAUACCACGACGAUUUUUUCACACAGCCAGAAUUGAUCCAACUCUACAAGGAGUAUAUCUCCCACAUUCUCAAUCGCAAUAACACCUUUACCGGAAUUUUGUUCAAGGAUGAUCCCACCUUCUUUGCCUGGGAGCUGAUGAACGAGCCUCGCUGUCUGAGUUAUACAGACAUUAAAAGUCAAAAUUGCACAACAGCGACUAUGACAAAUUGGAUCGACGACAUGUCAACUUACAUCAAAUCACUUGCCCCGAACACUAUGGUCACUGUAGGGGAUGAAGGCUGGUUUAAUGAGCCUAGCCUGGUUGACAACUGGCUGUACGACGGUUUCAACGGUAUCGACUUUGAAACCAACCUCCAACUUGAGAAUAUUGACUUUGGUACAUUCCACACAUACCCAGACCAUGGUUGGGGAGCUGGGACCACAGGUUAUGACCUAUCUUUCGAGUGGGGUGAACAAUGGAUUCGUCAGCAUCGUACCGUUGGAGCCAAGGUUGGCAAGCCAGUCGUGAAUGAAGAAUACGGGUUUGCUCAGAGGACCGACAGGAUGAGCUACGAGCAGUAUUAUUAUGCAGUUACCGAGGACAUUGGGAUCGCAGGAGAUCUCUUCUGGUCCUUCUGGAUUGCUCCUCCGGACGGUUCUCCGAUUGCUGAGGGCAACUCGGCUAACUCGACCUACACUCCAGGUCUAAAUUAUUAUACGAACGAUACCGACUGGCCAAUCAUUCGUCAGCACGUUUAUAAUAUGGCUCAACAAAAUCUCCCUAAAGGUCAGGCGGAUUUCUCAUGCUUUGGAGCAAACAAUAUGUUCUGUUCCGAGACAGCUGCGUAGAUAGCCAAGCAAAUGAUCAGCCUGAAGACAACUGAUCAAAAAUUUCGGUGAUACAGGUCGUCUUGGACUAGAAGUUAAGAUUAGUAUAUGAUGUCAGAGGAUGUAAGAAUCAAUUCCUGCACAGAACCACCUUUUCCCUUCUGAAUCAACGUGUACGCUUUUC